UGAUCAAGAACAAGAGCAAGAGCAAGAGCGAUUAGAGAGAGAAAAUGGCGGAAACUCUGGUCCUGCGGGGAACAAUGAGGGCUCACACGGACUGGGUCACCGCGAUCGCCACCCCAAUCGACAACUCCGACAUGAUCGUGACGGCGUCCCGCGACAAAUCCAUCAUCCUCUGGCACCUCACCAAGGAAGAGAAGGUCUACGGCCUCCCCCGCCGCCGCCUCACUGGACACUCCCAUUUUGUCCAGGACGUCGUCCUGUCCUCCGACGGCCAGUUCGCUCUCUCCGGUUCCUGGGACGGCGAGCUCCGCCUCUGGGACCUCGCCGCCGGCACCACCGCCCGCCGCUUCGUCGGCCACACCAAGGACGUUCUCUCCGUUGCCUUCUCCAUCGACAAUCGCCAGAUCGUCUCUGCCUCCCGAGACCGAAGCAUCAAGCUCUGGAACACUCUCGGAGAGUGCAAGUACACGAUUCAGGACGGUGAUGCUCAUUCCGAUUGGGUCAGCUGUGUUCGAUUUAGCCCUAACAAUCUCCAGCCGACGAUUGUGUCUUCCUCUUGGGACCGGACCGUGAAGAUUUGGAAUCUUACCAACUGUAAGAUCAGGUCUACUCUCGCUGGCCACUCUGGCUAUGUGAAUACGGUGGCGGUGUCGCCUGAUGGGUCGCUUUGCGCGAGCGGAGGGAAAGAUGGGACUAUUUUGUUGUGGGACUUGUCGGAGGGCAAGAGGCUUUACUCGCUCGAUGCUGGCUCGAUCAUUAAUGCUCUCUGUUUCAGCCCUAAUAGGUACUGGCUCUGUGCGGCUACUGAGGCCAGCAUCAAGAUCUGGGAUUUGGAGAGCAAGAGCAUUGUAGUGGAUCUCAGGGUCGAUGCUAAACAGGAGGCGGAAAUGGCCGAAGGCGGGAAUACGCAAUCCUCUGGUGUCAAAAACAAGGUCAUAUACUGCACAAGCUUGAGCUGGAGUGCCGAUGGAAGCACAUUAUUCAGUGGAUAUACUGAUGGCAUAGUCAGAGUUUGGGGGAUUGGUCGUUUCUGACUGCAAUUCAUUAUAGAAAUUUUUAUGUCAUCUAGGUUUCAGUCGAAAUGUUGGAAGGAUAAUUUGGAUUCUGUGUGUUUGAUGGCUUUGUGGCCUAUGUUAUUUUUGUUUGUUUUGGAUAUUUUGUUAGUUGUUUACAUUUGGUUUUGACCAUAAUUGAAGUUAUAAGCUUGUUUGCCUGGUUUGAGCUUUCUUA